AUGAGCAAUAGUAAUCUAACGACUGCGGAACUCGAGCUGAAGUACGGGAUUUAUGUGGACAAAGGAUUUGGCUUCGUGACUGAAGUUCCAACUCGUGAAUUCUUAGCAUCAUUCGAAGCAAUCCCGGCUGAAGACGAAGAGGAAGAAGCCGUGAUUUAUGCUGUAAUACUCGAACCUGUGGCGUAUUUGUACGUUGAGUUCUUGAAGUCAAAAUUGAAGUUCGGCAGUUGUGUUGAGAAGGAAAUGUACAAGAAUAUGAAAGUUGAAACCUUCGUCAAGAGGUUGCUCAUGAAGAAAUGUCCGAUUUUCGGGAAAAAUGCAGGUAACACAGCAAUAAAGGCAAUUGGAAGUGAUGAAGAAAAACCUCUUCUCCUCAUGAGAGAUUAUCUGACGUGCGAUGAAGUGAAACUCGCGUCAUUCGUGACGAUAUCUUCGGGAUCAGAAAAUCGUGCCACAAUUGCAGUUUGCAGUCCUCAAUUGGACAGAAAAGAACUCUUGGAUUAUCAAGAUAUCGUCAUAUCAGAGAGGCAAAAUAGGAAAGAUAAUGGAUACGGCGUGAAACCGAAGAAAUUCAGCACUUCAAGCGUCGAGGCGUUAUUUUAUAAUAGGCAAAUGUGGUGCCAAUUCUACAAAAGCCGCAGUCUUCUCUAUAAACACUUUGAUAUCACUCAAAAGAGAGCUUUUUCCACUGAAAGUCGCUUUGUGAGAGAUGAAAGAACGAGAAAUCUAUUUGAUAGCUUAAUUUUGUCCAGAAAAUACGCCAUAAUGAUUGACACAAUUCUAUUUGAGAGUGAGAAACGCGCUGAGAGAAUGGGAAAAGAUGCUCAUCUCUUCGUGAUUAAGAAAGAUUUGCAGACAAAUUGGUUGGAUAAAGUGUUCAUGGAAACCUUCGAUAAGCGCGUGAUGAUGAUUUGUUGGUCUCCCGUGAGGCACUUGAAAAGGAUUAACUUCAUUGGACUUCCUGAGGAAGGAUUCAUGCAAAAUAAUGGGAUUGUCAACGUUGAGUUGCUGGGAUAUUCUUCUUUGUACAACAAUCAUCCGGAGAAGGGAAUAAGGAUAUGUUUCGCGGAAAAAGAAGGCAACAUUGACACAGAUGACAAAGUUAUGGCAAUAAGGGUUUACUUCGAGAAUAAUUGGAUGGAGGAAAAGUGCGUGGCAAACAAUCUUCGUAUUGCAUCGAAUAGAUUUGGUGUUUUGCCUGUUUCAGAUUAUGUAUCGCGAAGAAGGGAAACUUUGCAAUGA